GUCCUCUGGGGAUGUUGGGACAAGCUCUCGUCCUCACAUUCCUCCUGCUCCUCAACGGGCAUCAGGCCCAAGAUUCUGCUGAACCUGUGGUCGGACUCUCGGGAAUGCAACUCUCCCUACAACCCCCCACAACACAGACAAAGCACAUAAACUCUGUUAAAUGGAAGAUACAGAGGAACUCAACUUCAAAAAUUUCCGUGAUACUGACUUGGAAGAAUAAGACUAAAGUGUGGACUAAUGAUUUAAAAGAGAUCUUCGAUUUUAGGGAAAAGAAUUUAACUCUUCUCAUCAAAGCAGCUCAGCCGAGGGACAGUGGCCUGUACCUCCUGGAGGUGACUGGUGACAGUGGGGAAGUUAAGCAUCACCAGUUCCAGGUUUCUGUAUUUGAAUCUCUGCUUCCAGAUCCCAUAGGGACCCUUGAAGCAGUGGGGGAGACGAAGGUCCUGGGUGGAGGGAAAUGCCAAGUGUCGCUGUCCUGCUCAGUCUCUGGAGGUGGCAAUGUGAGCUAUGUUUGGUAUAGAGGGAAGGAGCUGAUCGAGACCCCAAACAAUCUCAGCAAACUGGAGGAACAGAUUGAUGUCCACAGCUUGGAAAACUACACCUGCAACGUCAGCAACCCAGUCAGCUGGGUAAACCACACCUUCUCCCAGAGCUGUGACAAUAAGCAACACACCUUUGUGGACUACUUGGUGUUCAUCGUGAUUUUUCUAAUCAUCCUGCUCCUGGUCACCCUCACCUGCUUCUGUGUGUGGAGGAGGAAGAGGAAGCAGUGCCAUAUCGUCCCAGGGGAACCUCUGACAGUUUAUGAAGACGUCAACAACUUGCAAAACAGGUGUAAUCAAAUGCAGAGGCAGAAUCCCCCCGGAGAAGGAAGCACCAUCUACUCCAUGAUCCAGUCGCAGUCCUCGGCUCCCACAUCACAAGAAACAAAUACAUUGUAUGCGCUGAUACAGCCUUCCCGGAAGUCUGAAUCCAAGAAGAAGAACCAGAGCUCUUCCUUCAGUUAUACCAUCUAUGAAGAGGUUGGAAAGACACAACUCAAAGCCCAGAACCCUGCCCGACUGAGCCACAGGGAGCUGGAGAACUUCUGUAUAUAUUCCUAGUUGCUGUAGCUGUUCUCCCCUCCCUUAACAUCCCAGCGUUGCUUUGGGAAUCAGCGCAAUGGAUGAUACCACAUGAGUUUACAGAAUGGUGCACAGUCUAGAGAGGACAUGGGAGUUUUUUAUAGUCUAUGUCUUGUUUCGAAAAUGAUUUCUAGUAAGAGCGAAUCUGUUAAAUAAUAUCUCUAACUUACAGACUGGAUGAGAAUGAGUAGACCGUUGGGUAGUUCAUCGUAGACUGCAAAGCAAGUCGACCGCCACACAGCAAGUUUAUCAAGUGCUAUGCCGAUGCAGGCUGCUGUUAUUACUAGCAUUACGAUCCCUUCCUCUGGUUUUCUAAUGUGUGACUCAUCUUUCCUCCUCUCUAAUCGGGAAAGACCACGUUUCCAGACUCUCCCCUUGCCCAGGCCCAUCUUCCAAAGAGGGAGGAAAGAUAGGGUGACUCAGAGAAAGAGAAACAGCCCCCCGCCGUGAGGAUGGACUAACCAGCUGUGAGCCACAGGCAGCUUCUCCAGGAGGCCCGGGCCUAGG